AUGAGCGGGCACGACUCCAAGUACUUCUCCACCACCAAAAAGGGGGAGAUCCCCGAGCUCAAGGAGGAGCUCAACUCCCAGUACAAGGACAAGAGAAAAGAUGCUGUCAAGAAAGUGAUUGCAGCGAUGACCGUUGGAAAAGAUGUCUCAUCACUGUUUACGGAUGUCGUGAACUGUAUGCAGACUGAGAACUUGGAGCUGAAAAAACUAGUAUAUUUGUAUCUCAUCAACUAUGCUAAAAGUCAACCAGAUCUAGCGAUACUUGCCGUGAACACAUUUGUUAAGGAUUCACAAGAUCCAAAUCCGCUGAUCCGUGCUUUGGCUGUGAGGACAAUGGGUUGCAUCCGUGUAGACAAAAUCACAGAGUAUCUGUGUGACCCUCUUCAAAGAUGCCUCAAGGACGAUGAUCCAUAUGUGCGGAAGACAGCGGCUAUUUGUGUUGCUAAGCUUUAUGAUAUAAAUGCUGAGCUAGUGGAGGACAGAGGAUUUCUAGAGGCCCUCAAAGACUUAAUUUCUGACAACAAUCCUAUGGUGGUUGCAAAUGCUGUUGCUGCUCUGGCAGAGAUUCAAGACAGUAGUGCUCGUCCGAUCUUUGAGAUCACCAGCCAUACAUUGACAAAGCUUCUGACUGCUCUGAAUGAAUGCACAGAGUGGGGACAAGUUUUCAUUCUUGAUUCUCUGUCAAGGUACAAAGCAACAGAUGCAAGGGACGCAGAAAAUAUAGUGGAACGAGUUACACCCCGUCUUCAACAUGCAAACUGUGCAGUUGUUCUUUCUGCUGUCAAGUCGGAGGAUGAUACAUAUCCAUUUAAGUUGGAAUGCUGGUUCUGGUACUAUUCAAGACAGCAGUUGCUGUUUAUAAUCCUUCUACAAAUGGUGCUCAUUACAAGCACUGAUGUUGUCCGGAAUCUCUGCAAGAAAAUGGCACCCCCUCUGGUUACUCUACUGUCGGCAGAGCCCGAGAUUCAGUAUGUAGCAUUGAGAAAUAUCAAUCUGAUUGUUCAAAAAAGGCCUACAAUACUUGCACAUGAAAUUAAGGUCUUCUUUUGCAAGUACAAUGACCCAAUAUAUGUCAAGAUGGAAAAGUUAGAGAUUAUGAUAAAGCUUGCGUCAGAUAGGAACAUUGAUCAGGUACUAUUGGAGUUCAAAGAAUACGCCACAGAGGUGGAUGUUGACUUUGUGAGGAAAGCUGUACGUGCGAUUGGAAGAUGUGCAAUUAAAUUGGAGAGAGCUGCUGAAAGGUGCAUCAGUGUCUUGCUUGAGCUGAUCAAGAUAAAGGUUAAUUAUGUCGUACAAGAAGCUAUCAUUGUCAUCAAAGACAUCUUUAGACGCUAUCCUAACACAUAUGAGUCUAUCAUCGCAACACUGUGUGAAAGUUUGGACACUUUAGAUGAACCAGAGGCUAAGGCAUCAAUGAUUUGGAUAAUUGGAGAAUAUGCCGAAAGAAUUGACAAUGCUGAUGAACUCCUUGAGAGUUUCUUGGAUACAUUCCCAGAAGAACCAGCAUUAGUUCAACUGCAGUUGCUAACAGCGACUGUUAAGUUGUUUCUUAAGAAGCCAACUGAGGGGCCCAUGAUAGAUACACUAAAUUGCGGAGCAAAGAAUAACUUUUGGCAUGAUGCUGUUCUCAAUAAUGCAACAGUCGAAACAGACAAUCCUGAUCUGCGUGAUCGAGCUUACAUAUACUGGCGACUUCUUUCUACUGAUCCUGAGGCAGCAAAAGAUGUUGUUCUGGCAGAGAAGCCUGUGAUCAGUGAUGACUCUAACCAGCUUGACUCUUCGCUUCUUGAUGAAUUAUUAGCAAACAUUUCUACAUUAUCAUCAGUUUAUCACAAGCCCCCAGAAGCCUUUGUUAGCCGUGUUAAGGCAGCUCCUAGGGUGGAUGAUGAGGAGUUUGCUGAUGCUGGAGAAACUGGGUAUUCGGAGUCACCAUCUCAGGGACUGGAUGGGGCAUCACCGUCCUCUAGUACUGGCAAUUCAUCAAAUGUACCAGUGAAGCAGCCGGCAGCUGCAGCCCCAGCAGUUGCUGCUCCGAUCCCAGAUCUCCUAGGUGAUUUAAUGGGUUUGGAUAAUGCCCUGGUUCUUGUUGACGAGCCUACAGCAUCUUCAGGACCUCCACUGCCUGUUGUAUUGCCUUCAACCACUGGCCAAGGUCUCCAGAUCAGUGCGCAACUGGUGCGACGGGAUGGCCAGAUAUACUAUGAUAUAUCUUUUGAGAAUGGGACCCAGGGUGUAUUAGAUGGAUUUAUGAUUCAGUUUAACAAGAACACAUUUGGUCUUGCAGCCGGUGGACCACUUCAGGUUCCUCCACUCCAACCUGGGUCCUCAGCCAGGACGCUCCUAGCUAUGGUUUUCUCCCAGAAUGUCUCCCCUGGAGCACCAAACUUGCUACUGCAGGUUGCAGUGAAGAAUAAUCAGCAACCUGUGUGGUAUUUCAGUGACAAAGGUUCGCUCCAUGUCUUCUUUGGUGAAGAUGGCAAAAUGGAGCGAACGGGUUUUCUCGAGGCCUGGAAAUCUUUACCUGAUGACAAUGAAUUUUCAAAAGAAUACCCCAAUUCUGUCAUCAGCAGCAUAGAUGCCACCGUUGAACACCUUGCAGCAUCAAAUGUGUUCUUUAUUGCCAAACGGAAAAAUGCAAACAUGGACGUGCUGUAUCUGUCUGCGAAGAUCCCCCGUGGGAUUCCAUUCCUGAUAGAGCUUACUGCUGCUGUUGGUGUUCCUGGUGCCAAGUGUGCAGUCAAGACUCCAAACAGGGAGUUUGUGCCUCUAUUCUUUGAAGCCAUGGAGUCUCUUAUCAAGUAA